AUGGCUGCAAGAGAUGAGUUCAGAAUAAGGAGCAAGGCUGCAACUAUAGUUGUGAAUUCUAGCAGAAGUAAUCGUGUACGUGUUCUUGUGCUAGCUACUGUUGUCGAUUCGAGAACAUCCUUUCUUACUGGUCCAAUUGUAUGUAUCUCAUGUGAAGCUUUUGUUAGAACUAUUAAUCUUAGGGAUUUCAAGUUUUUCAUAUUUCUUGUAUUUAUUGUUCCUGCUCUAUUACUUCCUCCUCCAACAACAUCCAUGGAUGAGCAUCUUGUUGCAAGGCUUCCUGCUUUAGAGCCUUAUGCAAGGCUGAUCUUCCAUAGGUACUAUGCUAUUGCUAGUCCAAGUGCUACUCAAAGACUUUUUCUUGGAUUAUUAGAAGCACCACCUUCAUGGAGAUUAGACUUUGAAUAUCUCCCAUUUUAG